UUGACAUGACACUUUGUCAAACAAUACCGCAAAUGGGGUUUGACGAUGUGCUUUUGUAGAAAAGAAUUUGAUAUUUCAUAAUUUUAUACAAAAACUGUUCAUAUAAGUUUGUUAUGUACAGAAAUAUCAACAAGAAAUACAUGCAUUCAAAUAUAAGUACUACCCGGAACAUUGAUUUUGCCCUCAACGAAGCCAGGUCUAGCAAUAAUCCUAAAAAAUAGCCUGUAAGGUCGACCUUUCAAUACAUUUUUGGUAAUUGUCUUAUUAGUUCUCGACGUUAAAGAUGACUACAUCUUCGGAGGACGUGUUAUUGAGCGUGGGAUAUGUGAGAUAUAAGAAAGGAGAUGGGACCCUUUAUGUGAUGAAUCAGAGAUUAGCUUGGAUGCUGGAGAAUCGAGAUACGGUUGCUGUAUCUCAUAAAUAUGCUGAUAUCAAAACUCAAAAAAUCUCACCCGCGGGAAAGCCAAAAGUUCAACUACAAGUUGUGUUACACGAUGGCACUUGUUCCACAUUUCAUUUUGUCAAUCCGGCCGGGGCAGAUGCACAGGCUAAAGAUCGGGACCAGGUUAAAAUGUUACUACAGAAUCUACUGCCCAAAUUCAAAAGACAAAUUGAUGGAGAACUUGAGAUGAAGUCAAGACUUUUGUCCCUCCAUCCAACCUUAAAGCAUUUAUAUGAAGAUUUAGUUAUAUCAAAAGUUUUAAGCAGCGAGGAAUACUGGAAUACACCAACAUUAAAGCAUUAUACCGAUUCCAGUAAUGUUAAACAAGAGGCUGGUGUGUCCGGAGCAUUUCUUGCUGAUAUACAACCUCAAACAGACGGUUGCAACGGACUGAAAUAUAACCUUACACAAGAUAUUAUAGACGCUAUAUUCAAAACAUAUCCAGCUGUUAGAAAGAAACACGUUGAUUAUGUUCCUAAUAAGAUGACUGAAGCUGAAUUUUGGACCAAAUUCUUUCAAUCGCAUUAUUUUCAUAGGGAUAGGAUAGCUUCGUCCUCGAGUAAAGACUUAUUUGGGGAGUGUGCCAAGUUGGAUGACCAAGCUAUUGCCUCCGCUAUGAAGAAUACUACAUUAGACCUCACAGUGGAUUUACCGCAGUUCAUAGAGCCGGUGCCUCUGCUGCCGACUGAUGAUGAACCGACGCACGACAAGGACCGCGGCGACAGCACCUCAAUACAUCGCAAUAUGAUCAAACGCUUCAACCAACACUCUAUUAUGGUGCUCAAAGCUAGUCAUAAAACAAAUUCUAGUAGUAGUAAUAGCAGUAAUAGUAAAACGACAAAUAAUAAUAACAAAGUAGUAGAAAAUGGUGUGCGAGAAACAAACGGUGUGACGGAAAAGAGGCCGGCAGAAGAUAAAUGUAGUACAGAACCUUUAGAGAAAAAGAAGAGAAUAUUAGAGAAAAUACAUUACGAAGAUCUAGAAGAUUCAAAUAAGAAUGCUGAGACGCAAGAAUUAAAAUUAUCAAAGGUAGAAAGGUAUUUAUUAGGGCCGUCAUCACAAAUGAGUCAAACAGUAAACACGACUAACCCACCACCCUUGUCUGCGCUCGCCUCAGUCUGUCAGGCGUGGAGUGGGGGCCAACAAUGCUUGCGGCCGGUGCGUGUGGGCGCGGGGGCAGCUGUGGGCGCGCUAGGCGAGCUCAGCCCGGGCGGCGCUCUCAUGCGACAUCAGCACGCCGCCUCCAUGGCACAAUUAAUACCAGUGGAGGUGAAGUCUGAGUUGCACCGGCUGUACCUGUCUUGUGGCGAGGUGCUGCGCGAGCUGUGGCGCAGCUUCCCGCAGCCGGGGGGCGGGCCGGGCGAGGCGGAGGAGGCCGGCGCACGCGCACACGCUUUCUACGAAGCAUUACUAAGGUUCAGGAAUGUUAAAUUGAGGCCUUUUGAGGAAAAGAUGUUAAGAGAUUUAACACCUUUAGCUACAACGUUGACCAAACAUUUGAACCAAAUGAUAGAUACGGCGUGCGCUAAGUACGCGGUGUGGCAACAGCGGCAGGCCAAGCUGCGGUAGUAGUAACCAAAUGCAACCUUAUUGUUAACCGAAUACAGUUCAAUUUACUAUCAAAUGACCUUUGAAAAGGCACAAAAUGAAACUUUAUAACCAUCCCGAUAAAGUUCAAUAAUACAUUCAAAUGCCUUAUGCAUUAAUAGAGUUAGGCAUAAAGUGAGCCUUAUGUCCGACUAUUCAGAGUUCAAUUUUGAAUGCCUAUGAACGAAUUUGUUAGGCAAUAGUUGAUUUAAUAUGAAUUGAAAUUAUUGAAGGAAAUAACUUGUUACGAGAUGAUUGCAAUAUUGACUUAUGAACAGCAUUUUUUAAAAAGUAUAACGGUUCAUCAGGUCGGUAAAACAUUUAAAUUAUUCUACUUUCAUAGUCAAGACAAAUUAUGUGUUUUUCAUAGCAAAGGUAUAGUCAGUCGUCGACUAUGAGCAGGCAACUUUUCAACAACUUCUCGACAACAAAGGCAACUUCACAUACGCAAACUGAAACUGAAAACAUACUACUUUAGACGUAGAUAUGGCUUGAAUAUGAGCGUAGAGUUGACACGGUGUCAAAUAUAAAUUGCGAGAAAAAAAACUAAGGAGUUUAUAAUUUAUUAUUCAUUAAAAUUAUUUUAUUUCAUUAAAAUUAAUACAUUAAAAUCAUUAAAAUGUAAUCAUUAAGAAUUGUAAACUCCGCCCGCUCACAGUCGGGGGCAGACAAUACAAGACAAUACGUUUGCUUUGAAAACGAAAGUGUGAAACUUAAACGGCCAUGUCGAAUUUAGAAAUAAGAACGAUAUUCAAGUAUUUGUAUGACAAAUGAUAUUUAUACGAAGACGACAAUUAUGUGUAUAUAGCCAAUAGUUUGCUAUGAAAAUUAUGAGUGAAUCAGCUUCGAACCAAAAUAAACUUUAUUACAAUAGAAUAUGAUUCAUUUUGUGUAACAUUUUGUUGAUUAUGACAUUAACAAUUGCUUUAUUUUUGCGAGAGAAAUUAUGUUAACAAAAAUUAGCGAUUUGUGAUU